UUAGCGGAGACAGCUGUUAAAUUUGUGUCUUCAAGCUCUACUGUAUACAAAACGCAGUGGCAUUUUUUUUUUAAUUUGGCGAAGGGUUAAAAAACCGUGAUAGACUAACAAUUGCCUUUGUCUUUGAGUGACUUCGUUGUUGAAAUGUAUGUGUUUUUUAAAUGAAUGUAUUAUUUUUUCCUCAUAAUGGCAUCUAAACAAGUUCGGUUGCAUUUGAAAGAUACUUUCAGUUUCUUUUCAUGGAUUUACGGGCGGAGAAUUAAAUAUCCUGCAUCCCUGUCGCUAUAGUCUCUCUGUUUUCAAGCUUUUAUACUGUAUAUACUAUACACUAUUAUGAUGAGUUCAGCUCAAGACACAAAUUUAAAAACCAGACUUCUUCAGCUGGAAUGCCAUUUCACUUGGGGGCUGAAUAAAAAUGAUAUGGAUCUCACUGAUCUUCUGACCAGGCUAGAAGAACAACUUAACCUGGACCUUGGAAGGGAGGCAGGAGUUGCACGCACACACAGCUGUAUGGGAUUUGUAAAUUUUCUACUAGGCUCCAAUACUAAGGCACUUACCGACUUUACGAGAUCUGUAGAGCUCACAAAGUCUCAUGGAAAUAGCUGUGAGAAGCUGCUUGUUGUUGUCUAUGGAGAUCUUGCAUGGUUAUAUUAUCAUAUAGGUAAUUUUGCAGAGUGUGAAAUCUACCUGAAUAAACUUGGAGACAUUGAAAAGAAAUAUCCAGUUGUUCCCUAUGCUGAAGUACUUGGAGAGAAAGGGUGGAGCUUCUUUAAGUUUUCUCGAAAAUAUUAUGACAGAGCUAAAGGGUGCUUCAAUGAGGCCCUGAAACUGGACCCAGAGGAUGCUGAAUGGAAUGCCGGCCUUGCAAUUCUUCUUUACCGGCUACAAGAUUCAGAGGCUUCAACUGCAAUUGGUCAACUUAGACGGGCCAUAGCCACUAACCCAAAUGAUGAUGUUCUUAAGGUGUUACUUGGCCUAAAAUUGUCUGCACAAAAAAAGCGCAGUGAGUACAAUGAGGCUGAAAGUCUAGUAGAGCAAGCCUUAGAAGGGUCUCCAGAACACCCUCAUGUUAUUCGAUAUGUUGGAAAGUAUUUCCGAAAUCAAGGCUCUGUGGACAGGUCCAUUGCCCUCCUCAGAAGAGCAUUAGAGAAAGUUUCCAAUACAGCUCUUAUACAUCAUCAGCUGGGGCUCUGCUACAAGAAAAAGGUAAUAGAUCUGAAGAAAGCAGGGAGAUACCAUAAGAGACAUAAAGAAAUUAAGCAUGCUCAAGGGCAGUGCAUCCACCACUUAGAGUUAGCAACUGAAAUGAAGACCAGCUUUAUUAUUGCUAUGAGUGAACUGGCCUUGCAGUAUGGGGUAAACAGAGAUUUUUUAAAAGCAGAUGAAUUGUUCCAGAAUACAUUACAGGAAGCUAAAGAAAAAAAAGAUAACUACCAGUCUGUUCUUCUGUGUUAUGCAGAAUUCGAGCAGUACAGGAUGAAAUGUGAGGCUGCUGCCAUCAAACACUACACUGAAUGUCUGAAAAUAAAUCCAAAAAGUGAUGAAGGGAAGAGAAGUGCUAAAAAUCUGAUAAAGAUUGCAAAUAGACGAAUUGAGCACAACCCAAAAGAUGGAGAAGCCUUUGGAAUACUUGGAAUCGUUCAUAAGGAAAGAAGAGAAAAACAACAGGCAGUAGAGUGCUUUGAGAAAGCACUGAGCUAUGCAGACAACAAGGAUUACCUUAGUGAUCUUUCUGAACUUAGGCUUUCAUUACAGUAAUAUUACCAAUAUGUUAUAUGAUACAUAGCCAACUAUUUACACAUUUAGAUUUAUCUGUAGCAACAUUAGCAUUGCAGAUAAGUCUUGUAUGGAAAAUGAUGGUUGCUUGACUUAGUAGUAGUAGUAGUAAUGCUUUAUGACUCUAAAGUCUGUUCUGCACAUUUUAUAUUGUAUGUGUUUCUAUCUAAAAUUAAAUUAUUUCUAAAUGUUGAAAAAAGAAAUCAGUGUGUGUUUAUAUUAGGCUUUAAUGGAGAGAAAACAUACAUAACUUUUA